AUGGGGUAUCUUCUGCAGUUGUCGCUUGUCUUUGUUGAUAUUUACCCAUCACAUUCAUUAUCUUUCUAUUUUCUCGACCUCCUUUUGUACUUUGUUCAAUAUCUUCUUCGAAAUCAGCCAGAACCCCUGUUCACCUGCAAGGAGAGUAAAGAGUGCGAAAACACUCAGCGGGGUGGCGAAGAGGUGGGGAACGUGGGCGGAAGGGGAAUUAACUCGUUACGUGCCUGGUUGUGUAUGGAUGCUGAUCUUAACGGUUUGCGGAAACGCCUAGUUGAGGCACAUGAACGCGUUGGUAGGAUGACUUUCCUGAUGCUGCGCGCUGUGUUACAACACAUCGCACAGCGUCGUCCUCGGGCAGCAGUUUCUAGUGUCAACGGCCUCAACACCUCUGCGGAGUUGUCUCGCGUUAAAUCCUCCGCAACGCGUGACAAUAACAGUAGAGGACAUACUGCAGAGCCUGCUACCAAGAGAGGCCGUGCAGUCGCAGUUGACCAAGCGAAACUGAGUCGAGACUUCUACCGUGCGGCACUGGAGGCGGCCCGGCAGCGUGCGGUGGAGGAACAUCAGGGUGCGAGUACUGCUAUGAGUGAUGGACAGGAGGGGGAUGAAUAUACCCCUUCGGUCGCCUUGCUUUUGUUGCAGACGGCAAGGGAGCGCGCCAUUAAGCUUGCGGUGUUUCUUCGUUUUCGUUUAGCUGCUGUCCGUGGACAGCAAUUGAACGAAGAGUGUGAGCUUCGCUUCUCGUAUUAUUUGUUACGCCGAGUCGUGCGUGCAUGGAGCACAUAUACGCUUGACUCUUUCUACAGAAGACGUCAGAUGAUCACUUACGUGGUGGGUCAUUGGAGUGCCGUUACUUGGCGUAACCGCCGAAUGAGAGAACACCUACAGAUCUUCCGUGAUGGUCUUUUAGUGCGCCGACAGGCCUUCAAUUUUAUUUUGUUGCGGAGGUUGCGACGAUACUUCGUGCAGUGGCUUCAACGGCUCGAAACGCGUCGGGUCAUACGCGAUCUAGAGGAGCGCGCCGCUGAUAUGCGCAAGAAGCACACAUUUGUGACUGUUGCAUAUCCCAAUGGGUGUCCAAGUGCUUUCGUUGUGAAAAACCGUGUGUUUGCUCACUGGAAAAACAAGACGGAGUACCGGUUGGAUGGCAAACUGGCGGAGUUAAUCUCCAAUAAAUCGUUGAUGAAACGGGCGUGGAGUAAUUUUGUUCGUCGAUACAAUGCGCUGGUGAACAUUGACUUGGGUGCCCCCUGCCUGCCAAGGGAACGACAGUUGUUGGUUGUGCACGUAGAGCCGCAGGUAGCAAGGCUCAUGUUACUCAAAAUUCAAUGUGCACGGCAAAUAGCGCGGGAAUGCCUGAAGCGAUUCGUCUUUUCGAAGUGGCGUUCCCUAUACGCCAGGAGGGUAGCCGAUAGUUUUUUUGUUUACCAACGACGCCUAGGUGCGAUGAAGAUGUGGUUGGAGGCGUUGAGACGCAGACGAUUGGAUACGUUUGUAAUGGUAGAGUGCUGGAGACAGUGGCGACACCGCUUCCUCUGCCGUGUGCGCUCCGUUCAUGCGGACUAUUGGCGGCGUUGCCGUUAUAUGCGGCGUCCGUUCGUGUUUUGGCGAUGUUCUGCAGCCGCAAUUCGUUUCCACCAUCUUCACAUAAGACGGUGGUGUAUGCAACACUGGUGGCAGCGGGUGGCGCGACGUGUUAUUCACUGGAGGAUGUGCGCCUCCACGGAGAGACGAAUAUUUAUGUUUUGGCGCAGCAAGGCGGCAGUUGUGAAGAGUAAUCGCAUGAUGUUGUGCGUUGCAGAUUCGCUCCGCGAGUUGGUGGUUUUGCUUGGUUGCUUUCGCCGCUGGCGCCAGCGUCAUGAGGAUAGCCGCCGUGUGCACCUUUCCGAAAGUAUUUUAUCUGAGCUUCGGCGAGAGAAACAACGAGCUUCUCUGUUCAACCGCUGGAAGCGUCUAACAUUUUGGCCGCGGCCUGCUGUUGGAUUCGGUGGCGAGUUGGUCGAUUGA